AUGGAUCAGUACUGGGAUGAAAAAGGACCAAUUUUCUUUUACACUGGCAAUGAAGGACCAAUAACUAGUUUUUGGGAAAACUCAGGCUUUGUUUUCGAAGCAGCUCAGAAGUUCAAUGCUUUGGUUAUUUUUGGUGAACAUAGAUACUUUGGAGAUUCCCUUCCAUUUGGUUCGUCCUCAUUUGAUCAUGAUAAAGUUGGUUACCUUUCAGUGGAGCAAGCCCUUGCAGACUAUGCUGUCCUAUUGACUGAUCUUAAGAUUCAGUUUAAGGCCACAGAGAGUAAGGUUGUUGCUUUUGGUGGCAGGUACAUUGUAAUAUAA